AGCGGAAGUGUUGAUCAGCUGACCUCACGUGACUCUGUGAAGAAGCAGCUGAUUCUCAGGUGUUUUUCUCUGUCUCUCUCGUUCUGAACACCUUUAGAGAUGUCUGCGCGCGGUAAACUGAUUGCGGUGAUCGGGGAUGAGGACACGUGCACCGGGUUCCUGCUGGGGGGGGUGGGCGAGCUCAAUAAGAACCGGAAGCCCAACUUCCUGGUGGUCGAGAAGGAGACUAGCGUCGCGGAGAUAGAAGAGACCUUCAAGAGCUUCCUGGCCAGGAGCGAUAUCGGCAUCGUUCUGAUCAACCAGUUCAUCGCCGAGAUGAUCCGCCACGCCAUCGACGGCCAUCUUGAGUCCAUCCCUGCCGUGUUGGAGAUUCCUUCAAAAGAACAUCCGUACGACGCCAGCAAAGACUCCAUCCUGAGGCGCGCCAGGGGCAUGUUCUGCGCCGAGGACUUCCGCUAACCAGGGGCCCUGAACGCACCGCUGACCAGGGGCCCUGAACGCACCACCACCUGUAGACCCCUCUGUACAGUGCUGUGUUUCCUCUUUAUUAAUAUAGACCUCAAACGCCCCACCACCUGUGACCUCUGUACAGUGGAGUAUAGUGUAUAUGCGUCUCCUCCUAUUAAUAUAAAAACAUUGAAUGCACCACGCCCUGUGCUGUGUUUCCUCUUUAUGUCAUAUAAACGUCGUGUGUGUGUGUGUUUCCAGGAAGUGGAGGACGGUCAUGUGAUGAGUUUGAUGUUUCUGUUGUUUAACUUAUAAAAUAAAGAUUCUUGUGAUUUUCUGCUGAA